AAUCUCAUCGAUUUUUACAUUCACCACGUAGAACACAUCCACAUCGUCGUGUACACAAUGAGUUAUUUUUACGGCAAGAACAAGCAGUAGAAGAGCAGUUGAAAUCGUCAUCGUUAUUAUUUUGGCUUGAGGAUA